AUGACAAGAAAAGCAGUAAAAGGGAUUGUGAUAGCUGACCUCUUGGUUGAGAACCCAAUCAAUGAUUACGAACCCUUGGAUUUUGAAUUCCCAAAUGAAUAUAUUAAUGCAGUGGGCGAUGAUGCUGAGGGUCCAAAUGAUGUAUGGGAAAUGUAUUUUGAUGGAGUAGUCAAUUUAGCUGGUAAUGGGAUUGGAGCAGCGCUUGUUGCCCCAGAUGGGAGGCAUUUCCCAAUAGCUGUUAAGCUAAGGUUCAGCUACACAAACAAUGUAGCGGAGUAUAAAGCCUGCGUGAGUGGCUUACAGGCAGCCAUUGAAAUGAAGAUAAAGAAAUUAGAGGUGUACGGGGAUUCAGCUCUAAUCAUUUACCAAGUCAAAGGGGAAUGGCAAACUAAAGACCCGAAACUAAUCCCUUAUCAAAAAUAUCUCCUUGAACUAAUCAAGGAAUUUGAAGAGAUUUCUUUCACUCACUUGAGCCAGGACAAGAACCAAUUUGCUGACGCCUUAGCUAUUCUAGCAGUGACGACUCAUACGGAGGAAGGGCAAAUAACACAAUUGUUACAAAUCAAAGCAAAGAGUGAACCAGCAUACUGCCUUAUGAUCGAAGAACAAAUAGAUGGCAAACCCUGUGGAGAAAUCUUGUACAAGAGAAGCUCCAACGGUGAGUUAUUGAGGUGCGUAAAUGCCAAAGAAGCAAAGAGAAUUCUAUUUGAAACCCAUGAGGGGAACUACGCUACUCAUAGCAAUGGGUAUAUGAUGAUAAAUGUCCCGCUUCAUCAGCUCUAUAAUCUCGUCUCACCAUGGCCUUUUGCAAUGUGGGGUAUCGAUGUAAUCGGUCCAAUCAACCCAAAAGCAUCCAAUGGGUACAGAUUCAUUUUAGUAACCAUCGACUAUUUUACUAAAUGGGUUGAAGCAACUUCAUAUGCUCACAUCACUCAGAACACCUUUCUAAAAUUCUUCAAGAAUAAUAUGAUCCACCGGUAUAGUCUUCCUGGGGAGAUUGUCACUGAUAAUGCCAAAAAUCUGAAUGGUCUGAAGAUUCAAAAGUUGUGUGAUCAAUACAAGACACGGCAUCUCAAUUCAUCGCCAUAUCGAACCCAGAUGAAUGGAGCUGUAGAAGCUGCCAAUAAAAAUCUUAAGCGGAUAAUCGAAAAAAUGAUAGUUACUUAUAAAGAUUGGCAUGAUAUGCUUCCCUUUGCGCUUCAUGCCUAUCGAACUACAGUACAAACAUCAACUGGGGCAACUCCAUAUUCGCUGGUCUACAGGAUAGAAGCUGUUUUGCCAAUUGAGGUAGAAAUUCCUUCUUUAAGGAUUCUAAAAGAAGCAGAACUAGAUGAGACGGAAUGGGUUCAAUCAAGGUUAGAUUAG